AUGGCGUCAUGCAAAGCCGAGUUCAUGUCGGACGCCGAGGCAUCUGCGGUUCCCGCAGUUCCUUCGUCCACUACUGCUAACGCUCCAGCUGCUGUCUCAGCAUCAGGAUUGUCUCCUGGCUCGAUUUCUCCUGCAGCUGCUCAGACUCGCAAGUCGCCCCGCUCGAGGACCACUACGCUAUUUAGCAGUACCCUGUUACGGCAAAGAGGAAAGUCGGUCUCCCGUCCUCGUGUUGACGACUGGGGCAGGCCGGUGGGAGGAAGCGAGGGGCUGGGGUGCAUCUACAACUCUUCGAUGGACUCUCGCGAGAGGAGCCAGGUGCUCCGCAGCGUCACACAGCUCUCCAAAGAAAGCACCAACGACCUUGUUGGAGCCGCCGCCGAGGCCUUCUCAAGCAAUGCAACCGCCGGCCUCUCGCAGUCGACGCGCUUCUUUGCCAACUUGCGCAGAGGCAGCUCCAACAACGUCGCCAACGACGCCGAAGCACCGCCCAGCUACCAGCAGCACAGCCAGCUUGAGGGGCGGAGGCGCAGCGAAGGCAGCAUCUUUUCUCAGAUCAGCUCUCCCUGUCGAGAAAUCGCUUCGCCGUCGUCGUCGGCGUCCAGCUCGAGGCCAUCGUUGCAAAUCAGUCGACCGUCCUUCUUCAGUUCGGGAGCCACCUCUUCCGCCUCUGCCUCUGCCUCGACCAGUACCAUUUCUGUCUCUGGCAGUCCGUUGCCGCGCCAGUCCACCAGUCAGCAAUCGCAGCAAUCGGAUGCACGGCCGAAAUGGACUCAGCGGCGACGAAGCUCAAACCAAUUCACCGCAACAGCACGCCAGGCGCUCCUGUCCUCACGUUCGUUCUUUGGUCGCUCCUACGGCGUCUCCGAAGACCAGCCAGAGGCAAUUAGCACAGUCUCGACCGGCUUUUCCGAUGGCGGGCUCAGUGUUCAGCAGAUGCCGUUGGAAUCUGUCGCGGACGUUCCUACAACGGACGAGCAGGCGUCCAGAACGACGGAGGCGACGGUGCUGGACGGUCCUAGCAACCUCGAUAGCCGCCAAUACCACAGCAAGCAAGCAAGCCGACCAGCUGACCCGCUUUUGCAUUCCCGAAAAAUCCACAUUCCUGCUGGGCAAGGCGGCGGCGACACACGGACUUUGAAAGCCGAUAGCUCUGCCGCUUCCGCUACCGCCAAAAAAUCCACUGCCGAGUCCAAUUUCCGGUCUCAGUCACACGCUGAGUCCCCAUCUCACGCUUCGCAACAGCCGAAAGCUUCGUCUUCGUUUUCGUCUUCACCUGUCUUGACGUCGUCGUUGUCGCUGCUGGAUCCUUCCAUUGCGGUCGUGACAGCGUUAUCCACUGCGCCGUCGACUCCAUUGAACUCCACCGAUUCGCCUGCCGUGUUUGUCGUAGACGACGUUGUUGCUGCAGCUUCGUCUUCCUUCUCCCCAGUUUCCCCAUUUGCAAGCUUGCCUCCUACAACCCCCUCUCGAACGGCUUCCUCCCGUUCCGAAGCUGGCGAAGCAUUCAGUGUCGCUCCCACUCUUUCUACGGCAUCGUCCACCUCCAACAUCAUCACCACUCAGACGUUGACGUCGACGCCCAACACCACUCAGGCUUCGACAGCAGCUACAACUCCCUCUCACAGCACCCCAGCGCUCGCAUCGCCCGCACUGCCCAGCUCUCAGCAUGCAUCUUUACCCUUCGACGGGUCUCUGAAUAUCCAGAUUCCAGCCACGCAAAGCGAAUCUAUCAAAUCGUCUGCCGGCGCCGCUGAAGCUAUCGACGUUACCCGUACACCUCCUCUUACUCCACCGAGCUCUUCGGGUGCGUGCACAUCGCCGCGAUCGUCCACCGGCGGCGCAUUAGCCCACACUCACACAUCGCAGCGGGCCAGAGUCAGCCCACCCUCUCCUCCGGCAUCAUCUGCGCACAGGAACAGCUCGGUGAGUAGCAGCCGUCGAGGUAGCAGCGACGAGCCUGCACCCUCGUCGAUCAAUCCACUUUCACCACGCUCCUCGGUCGCUGUCGACACUAUUCGACCCGAGCCAACAAGCUCCAGUACAAGCUCCAGUCGAGUUUCUUUCGACCUUCGAAGGAUUGCUCCAUUUGGUGGCUUCUCCACGGCGAGCAAAAUGUCGUCGUCCAAGGUAACGCGAGCAUCCUUCUCCGGUAUGGGCAACGGUCCGUCUCCGAACGCCGCCAACACAGACUCGAUCCGCCAUGCAUCCUCUCCCAGCGGCGGAGUUUCGUCCAAAUUCUUCUCGCGCAUCAGCUUGCCGGGCGGCAGCCGUCGAGGCAGCACCAACGAGUCGCCCGCAUCCUCGCCCGAAGCCAGAUCUCGAUCGCGAUUCUCGAGCUUCGGUAAGAUCGGCCGAGGCAGCGAACACCAGACCUCACCCAAUGGCGGCCGCGACCUGCGCAAGUCAAUGCAGCCUUGGGCAUCCGCUUCUACCGACGUGCUCGGCACGGGACCCGCCCAGACGCAUGGUCGCAACAGUCUGGCUUUAGCUCGCGAAGAAGCGAUCCGUCCGCGCAAGAGCCUGCAUCUGCCCCGUGCAAAUCUCAUCGACUUGGAUGCGGAAGAAACCUCUGACACGGCGACUUCCACGAGUACUGCCGUACGUACCUCUGAUACGAUGGCACUGCCGCCAAUACCCACAGCUUUCAUCAAGGCGGACAAGUCGGUGUCUCCAUCAGCGCAGUCUGCUCCCCGUACCAGCUUCAACUUCUUGCGACGUGCAAGUGCCACCAGCAACCACUCGGCUGCCGACAAUGUCAACGGCGAGCGGAGGGGCUCGUUUGCGCGCACUUUCAUGGGUAGGACAUGGAGUCGCAACAGCAAGGGCGAUGUACCACAAGACGCAGCAAAUUCAGAGGCGACACCUCACGCCGAGGCUGAGCCACCGGCUUUCCGAAGCGGUGUCUUCGAGUCUCGUGCGCCAGUGGCCCCAGGGAGCGUGACCUAUCCUGGCAUGUCUUCGACUGUCGAUUGGAACGCUCCAACGACGGCUCAAAACGCCACCCGCGAUGAAAUUGCACCCAACGAUGUCGACCCCAUCGGUUCAGGAACUCCUGCCUACCCUGAUGCUGCUGUUGCCGUCAAUGGCACCGCACCGCAGCCCAGGAGUGUGACCGAUGUUGCUUCUGGCGUCCUUGCCGAGCGCCGCCCAUCACAAGGCAUCGACCAGGAGCAAGACGCCGUAGAGGCAACCGACUCAAUCACAGACGCGCCCGCUCCGCGUGGUGCCACCUUGAGCACAACCGGCUCUGCUACAGCAAGCCCGAAUUCGAACGUCGCACGUCAGAGAACGACACGCUCGAAUCACGCACUGUCGCACCUGCCACGACUCGACUCGAUGCGUGCCAUUCCCAGUGCUUCUGGCAGUGGGCAGGAAGGCGCAGAUGGGACCAGAACCUCUCGCACGGGCUCAGAGAGCACGCAGGACAGUACAAUGACACGCGACACGAGCGACGAAGAGCAGGAGCUGAGCGAGGAGGAAGACGAAGGAGACCUAACCAGCCAGACAUCCGAUUACCAUGACAUUGACGACACCGAGACCGACGAUGACACAGACUAUGACGGCUCGCCUGUUGCCAGCCGUAUGUCGGCCGCACCAAUGGCUGCCACCGGAAGCUUUGGUGGAAUCCACCGCAAUCGUCCAACUGAGUCGCUCAUCUUGCCACCGGCACCUACCUUCAUCCCAAACACGAGAACUUCGCACGUUUCGCGGGGCUCUGAAACCGCAGCAUCGACCACAAGUGAAGUGCAAGUCCAGAGCGAUGGUUUUAGUCAGAAUGUCGGUCGCGACUCGUGGACCAGCUUCAGUGCGAGUGGCUUUACUCCAUUCGAGACACCGACGCCCAGGCUUGGAGGAUUCAACUUUUCGGGACCAACGCCACGAGCUCGUCAGGAGGUGUCCGAAUCGUCCUACUUUACCGCUCGUCCUGGCACCAGCAACAGCAACCGCGCCUCCACGGUGGGCAGCAUGAGCGGCGACGCACCACCGCCUUCACCAUCCAUUAUCAGCCGGUCUCGUGCUCCUUCAUCCGCUAGCAUGCGAACGAUUCGGACACCCGGCGCGGGUGCCGUGGGGUCUGGCCCUGUUCCGAACCGAUCCAUGCCUGCACCUGUGGCUGCGUUGCCUCCGUUGACACUGCAUCGACAACUGUCGAAGGUGGUCGUCGAUAGGAGCAAGUCUCCAGCGCAAACGCCAGUCAGCAGUCGACCCAGCACUUCUGGUACGCUGACGCCACUGCAGGCUCCUGCUGGUGAGGUGGGAAGAAGCCGAGCACCUAGCAUCGACAGACCAGCGUCCGAGAGGUUUGCUGCGCGCCCAGGCCAAGGAGAAGAGGUCAAGGUAACGCCGAGCCCCAAGCCAGUACUGAAACCCUUGGUUGGACUCGAUGGCAUCUCGACCUCCGCGGCUCGACCCAACUUCUACCAGCAAAAGUCAAAGUCGCUCGUGGACCUGCUUGGGCCUGCCUCAAGGCGGCUUGAGAUUGCCCCAUCCUCACCGAUCCGUCCUGUAAAUGAACCUGCGGGCAUUGAAGCUCUGCGCACACCGACGACGCCUCGUCCGCCGUCCGAAGCGCCCACUUACAGCAAGAAGGACGGGCUGGCACCGAUUGAUACGAGCCUCUCUGCGGCGGCUUCGAUCGCCUCGCCCGGCGCAGCUACACUGGGACGUCGUAGGUCAAUGUUUGAGAUGCGGGCCGAGCCUCCAGUAUACUCAAUCAUCCACAACCGACCCGAAGGACGGCAAAUUAUCCUGCCGCGAGAGGAGGAAGGACGCGAGAAGCUGCCGGCGUACUGCUGUGGUGUGCACAUCGAGGGCUACCUGCCGCGAAAGUUGGAGUUCUCCGCUCCGGGCGUGCAGGCCAAGGACAGAAGUUGGAAGAGGCAGUACUUUGUGCUGCACGGCACGAGUCUGCGUGUGUACAAGAACGAUCUCAGUGUGGACCGACUUGCCGCCAACGGGUCGUGGGGCGAGAUGAAAGGUGUUCACGUUCACUUGGAGCCGAUGAACGAGGAUGGUUCGAAUGGUUCUGGUUCUGGAAUCGGACUGGGUGCUGCUGCGCGCGAGGCCAUCUCGCAUACACCACUCGGCUUUCAUCGUCACGAUGCGUCGAAACACAAGGAAGCCUCGACGCAAUUUGACAACAGGAACGGCCUCAUACGCAAUUACACGCUCCAAGGCGCCGAGAGCGGACUCGCAGCCGACUAUCUCAAGCGCCGACACGUGGUGCGUGUACGCGCCGAGGGCGAGCAGUUCCUGCUGCAGACGCGAAGCGACCGACACGUAGUGGACUGGAUCGAAGCGCUGCAAGCUGCGACGAAUGUGUCGGUGGACCUGGAGAAGCGAGCGAUGCCCAAGUUUAUCACGCUUCCUCGCCGACGCCGUCGUCGUCGUCGCAAUGCGGAUGGCGCGACGGUGAACGCGGAAGAGCAGGAGGCACGCGAUCUGGCCGAGGCACAACGAAGGUCGAUGGCUGAAGCGGGUGGUCGAGCUGCCAACGGUACUCGAGGUGGUGGUAGCGUCAGUGAAGCGACUCCACGGGACAGCAUCUCGCAACGGCCCAGCAUGAGUCUGGAAAACGAGCUGAACCCAAGCGCGGCGUUUGAACGCAUGCUACGAGAGGACCAGGAAGAAGGCGGACGUCAGUCUGCGGCUGUCAUUUGA